GGUAAGGCGAAGGGCCCGAGCCGAGCUCAUAUAUCCAAAGCGCGAGAACUAUGCGCCAGCAUGCUGCGGGCUGCAGAAGUGGAAUCCUGCUCUGGGUUGCAAUGCCUGUGAUCAUAUGGCCUGCACUUGCUCCACCCUGCCAUGGCGAGACUAUUACCACAAAUAUAUACCCUUUGCGCUCAAACUCGAAGAGAGCGCACUCGGCACAUGCAGCUCGAGGACCCCUGUCGAUCCUAGAUGAACGAUCAAUAUCCUCUCAAGUUAUCCAGCUCGAUGGGCAAUUAAUUCUCCGAGAACUUCAGAACUCAGGUUGUAAAAGUGAUCAGGUAUCUACCUUUUCUGCAUUUCCUUUUGCUUCUUCACCUUCUUCUCCUUUGAUGUUUUGUGUUGCAAUCAACAAGAUAUGUACCUCAGGACUUGAUGCGCUCCACGUACCUUUUAUUUGGAUGCAGCAGCCUGAGAGUUUCCACGUGCGCUUUCGUUGGUUUUCUUUCAACUCCUUGGAGAAGGGACUCAAGCCCGGUAUCGACAUUCCAAAUGUGGCGCCUGGUUUGGGCCUGGAUCCAGUUCCAUGAUUUUCCUACUUCUUAUUCCGGGCACUCUUAUCGAGGUGAACACGGCUUCUCCGUAUCCAACUCUU